CGGCGGCCGCAGGAACACGUUGUGCGGCCCACAGCCUGAGGCCGGAUCCUAGGUCGUGGCUGCCGCCGCCCUCCCCGCUCCCGGGGCGGUCGUUUUCUUCCAGACCUGGGUUCCUGCUUCUCUUGCUUACAGAGUCAUCUUUCUUGCUGUAUUGUAAGCCUGCAUUGACGAAUAUGGCAGACAAAUUAACAAGAAUUGCUAUUGUCAAUCAUGACAAAUGUAAGCCAAAGAAAUGCCGACAAGAGUGCAAAAAGAGCUGUCCAGUAGUGCGAAUGGGAAAACUAUGCAUAGAGGUUACACCACAGAGCAAAAUCGCAUGGAUUUCUGAAACACUUUGCAUUGGUUGUGGUAUAUGUAUUAAGAAAUGCCCUUUUGGAGCUUUGUCAAUCGUCAAUUUACCUAGCAACCUAGAAAAGGAAACAACGCAUCGAUAUUGUGCCAAUGCCUUCAAACUUCACAGGUUGCCUAUCCCUCGUCCAGGUGAAGUUUUGGGAUUAGUUGGAACUAAUGGUAUUGGAAAAUCAACUGCCUUGAAAAUUUUAGCAGGAAAGCAAAAACCAAACCUUGGAAAAUAUGAUGAUCCACCAGAUUGGCAAGAAAUCUUGACUUAUUUUCGAGGAUCUGAGUUGCAAAACUAUUUUACCAAGAUUCUAGAAGAUGAUCUAAAAGCGAUUAUCAAGCCUCAAUAUGUGGACCAGAUUCCUAAAGCUGCAAAGGGCACUGUGGGUUCUAUUUUAGACCGGAAGGAUGAAACAAAGACACAAGCUAUUGUGUGUCAGCAGCUUGACUUAACCCAUCUCAAAGAACGAAAUGUUGAGGACCUCUCUGGAGGAGAGUUGCAAAGAUUUGCUUGUGCUGUUGUUUGCAUACAGAAAGCAGAUAUUUUCAUGUUUGAUGAACCUUCUAGCUACCUAGAUGUUAAGCAGCGGCUAAAGGCUGCCAUUACUAUACGAUCACUAAUAAAUCCUGAUAGAUAUAUCAUUGUUGUGGAGCACGACCUAAGUGUUUUAGAUUAUCUCUCUGACUUCAUCUGCUGUUUGUACGGAGUGCCAAGUGCUUAUGGUGUUGUCACUAUGCCUUUUAGUGUAAGAGAAGGUAUAAAUAUUUUCUUAGAUGGUUACGUUCCUACAGAAAACUUAAGAUUUAGAGAUGCAUCACUGGUUUUUAAAGUGGCUGAGACAGCAAAUGAGGAAGAAGUGAAAAAGAUGUGUAUGUAUAAAUAUCCAGGAAUGAAGAAAAAGAUGGGCGAAUUUGAGCUUGCAAUCAUUGCCGGAGAAUUCACAGACUCUGAAAUCAUGGUGAUGCUAGGAGAAAAUGGUACUGGUAAAACUACAUUCAUCAGAAUGCUUGCUGGCCGACUUAAACCUGAUGAAGGAGGGGAGGUACCAGUUCUAAAUGUCAGCUAUAAGCCACAGAAGAUCAGUCCCAAAUCAACAGGAAGUGUACGCCAGUUACUACAUGAGAAGAUACGAGAUGCUUAUACUCACCCACAAUUUGUCACUGAUGUAAUGAAGCCUUUGCAGAUUGAAAAUAUCAUAGAUCAAGAGGUACAGACAUUAUCUGGUGGUGAGUUACAACGAGUUGCUUUAGCUCUUUGUCUGGGCAAACCUGCUGAUGUCUAUUUAAUUGAUGAACCAUCUGCAUACUUGGAUUCUGAGCAGCGUCUAAUGGCAGCCAGAGUUGUCAAACGUUUCAUUCUCCAUGCAAAAAAGACAGCCUUUGUGGUAGAACAUGACUUUAUCAUGGCCACCUAUCUAGCGGAUCGGGUCAUCGUUUUUGAUGGCAUUCCAUCUAAGAACACACUCGCAAACAGUCCUCAAACCCUUUUGGCUGGUAUGAAUAAAUUUUUGUCUCAGCUUGAAAUUACUUUCAGAAGAGAUCCAAACAACUACAGGCCAAGAAUAAAUAAACUUAAUUCAAUCAAGGAUGUUGAACAAAAGAAGAGUGGAAACUACUUUUUCCUGGAUGAUUAAGCUGACUAAGAAUAUUGAUAAUACAUUUCUACAACUAAAUAUAAUCAGAAUUUUUGGUGUAUAAAACUUUAAUCAGGUUUUAGAAUGCCCCGCAUAAUCUGGAGUUUGAAAUAUGAUUUACUUUAUCUAACAUCAGAAACUAGUAGCGUUGUAUAUUAUUAUACUCUAAACAUCAGACACUACCACUUUUCUGUACUCAUUGACAAAGCCAUUCUUUGUGUAAUGCUCUAAGAUGAAGACAUUUCAAGUUAUAUGAAUUACCUCCAGAUUUUCAAAACUUAUGGGGAGAUUUCAGUAUAAGUGUAAUUUAUUCAUGUACCAAAUGCUGACCAGUGUUUCCAAUUUUAAAAAUCUUUAAGAACUGUUUUCUGUACAAUAUGGUUUACCCACGUAUGUCAAGAUAUAGAAGCUGCUCUUAUUUUAAAAAGCCAGUCAAAGACUCUUAAGGUGAGGAUUUGAUAAAUAAACAUCCAUCAGAAGUAUAGAGCAUGUCUUGUCUUCACUGAAUACAGUUAAUAUAUACCUUAAUAACUUCCAGGGAAGAUUAAUAUGGGGGCGGGGGAAAACACUGCUGGAAAAUAGGUCAGUUGUUUAUCAAUCCACAUAUUGUUUACUAAAACUUUUCGGUGAGGCUUUUAUAAUUUGAUUGGCAUUUAUCCAAAAAACUAACAAGCAAACAAACCCUGUAAAGCAAAAUCAUCUUGAAUCCAAAAAUCAAAUGCAUAGCAACUUUUCUGCUAAAUAAUAUGUGCCAUUCUGUUAAUUUUUUUUUUAAGCUGAAUUCAUAUGUUACAAAUUCAUAAUAGAUGACUGAUACAUCCUACUUUUAUCAGUGGCUUAGCUUUCUCAUGCUUCAGGCUUAUCUCCUUGGGCUGCCUGCAGUAUUCCUUUCUCCAAAAUCAUAACAUGACCCAGCCUUCCACUUCACUAAGAAAAAAUGAAGCCAUUUCCAAAAAUGGCCUUAGAUAUCCCUAUCCUUCAUUUCAAAAAAUCCCCUCAAUGUUUUCACUUCCUGACUUCCUUCUGCUAGUAAGUAUGCUUACUCAGUAAAGCUAAUCUUAUCUGCCCUGCUAAUCCUUGCUAGUCUCUCCUGCAGCUUCUAAAACUUUGCUUAUGGCACCCUUUUUCUAGUAUAUUUUCAUCAUUCCAUCUACCAAUAAUAUUGCCUUAAGAAAAGACCUUCCCUUCAGUCAUCUAGCUUACUUGCCUACCAUUCUGUCUCCUCUUCACUGCUAAAUGUUAACUUGACCGUAAGCAUUACAUGUCAUUUUAUUUGAUGUUUUCACUAAUUUUGGUAGACUUCUUUCCUUUUUUUUAUUUGUUGAAUGAAUAAAAAGUCAUUUAUGAAGCUGUAACUAAA